AGAUUUUUUUGUGUGAUUCUGUGCAACUUUAUUGCAAAAUGGAGAGGAAGUCUGACACAAUGCCGCAGCGUGGGAAGGUCGGUCAAGUUUGUCAAAAAUGGAUCGAGCAUGAAGAUGAAGCUCUUGCCCACCAACUUCAGAGUGAAGAAAUUACCACGCAUUAUCAUAGGAACAGAAGUAGAAAUGCUCAAAUAAGACAAGAUUUGCCGCAGGCGAAGCAGGAACAAAUCAAGGAGGAAGAAGAAGCUGAGCAGAUGCGUGUUAUGUAUCGAAAUAUGCUCAAGAGACAAGAACAAAGGGACGCUGAAUUAGCGGCAAAGUUGCAGCACCAGCACCCGCCAUGUGAUAGAGACAACGACGUGGGUGCCGUUGGUGGUUCCAGUGUCUUCUUCCCGCCGCCGUCACCAGUGAGGGAGAAUGAGUUUAGUUUUUCUGCAAGGGACGUGAAACGAAGUCCAAUUAUUUACGCGAGUGACGAAGAGCUCGGUGCUCUUAUCGAUGAUGACAGCGACAUUAGCGCUCCGAUCACUGCCGCCGUUUCAGCUCCAAGAUACGACUUCUUGAGUGAAGAAGAGGAGGAAGAAGCUCGCAUACGGCAGGAAUUGGAAGACGAAGAACUGGCUAAACGGUUGCAGGAAGAAGAAGUUCGCGACAUGUCUCCGUCGGAAAUCUUGGAGCGAGACAGAAUCAUCGCUUUGGAAGCGCAAGACCGCGAAUAUGCCCGUCUCAUCUACGAGAAAGAAAAGGCCCGCAUGAGACGAGCUGUGCGAGAACGUCGGGCCCGGAAAGAGGCCGAGCGAGCCAGACAAGACUCGCCCAAGGAAGAAUCAGACCCCGAUAGAAUCGAAGUGUUGCCAGGGAUGGAAGAGCGAGGCAUUGACGUUGGGCACAGUCCAGAGCUUCGAAGGAGAGAUGAACAUUAUGAAGAGGAGGAGGAGGAGGAAGAAGAAGAGGAGAGCGAAUUCAUUGGAACUUCUCCAAUUUGUCCAAGCGUCGCUGCUAGUGUGUUGACGACACCAGCGCCACCGUAUAUGCCAAUUCAGGGACAUAGAAGAAUGCAAGCUUUUGAAAAGAAAAAGAAAGACAAGGGAUGCACUCACCAGUGA